AUGCAUUUACUAGUAAGAGGUCAAAGCAACUGUUUGAACAAGUGUUGCAAAUGGGCGAAAAUUUCUUUUCUAUUUAAAUUGUAUGAAAAAAACAUACAAACGGACAAUUCUAUUAAAACUUUUUCAUUGAAUUUCAAUUGUUUACUCAAGAAAUGCUGCAGAUAUUUCCAUUACUUGUUCUUUUCGGCACGGUGUUCCCUAUACGGUUUCACUAGGUCAGGUUAUACUAAAAAAGAUUAUCGCCUUCAAGCAGUGAUUACCUCACCUUAUGUUCGACCUCAACUUCGUCAUGCUGGUUUGAUCAAUAGUCAUGGACAAGUUGUUUCUCAGAAUGCACCUAUUUGUGCACUGUCUCCUCGAAAACGCCAACGCAGAGAAGAUGAUACCGUUACACCAGAAAGUCUUUUACGUGCUUUGAAAAACAAUGAAAAUAAUCGGCUUAGUCGUUAUCAUCGAUUUGAAAUCGCUUCACGUCGAGCUGCCUUUGAUAAUUUUCAACUUCUUGACAGACGCCACCGAAAACAAUCAACUGAAAAUGAAAAAUUGCGCGAGAAAAGUGCACCUACGUAUGCGAAGAAAAUCGAUUAUAAGAGUGAACAGCAGCCACGAGUCACUUCUGCGCAUGUUAGAAAAUCAAGACUUGAAGAGAACACGCCAGAAUUUGAUUCGGAACGUAUUGGUACUAAUCAACCAAAUCAACUCGAUACAAAUUCGACAGAAAAUCGUAGAUGUAAAAUAACCAUGUCUUAUGGAUUGAAACCUAUUAAUUACAGCACACGAACCAUUCGUCAUGAGAUCGUUAUUGUACAACAGCAUAGUACUGGUGAUAAUACAAUCGUGUAUCGAGGAUUUCUAGCCAAAGGCGAUUCCUUUUCGUUUCAAAUUCAACGUCGGGCAACAUCUCCUUUAGCAUUAGUUUACUACACAAAAGGAUUAGUUCAUAGUCUACUAAAUGAUUGUUGUGAAUAUCAUUACAGUAGACAACAAUGCCUUCCUAGUGAACAUGAUCAAUUUUUAGUGAAACGAAUUCAAAAUGUUAGUUCAUGUGAAAAAUGUCGAAGUAGAUAUUCUCGGAAAAUAUUAUCACCAAAGAGCAGUAAUUCGACGGCAAUUAAUUCAGUGGAUAAUCAUUCUCAACAAAUACGUCAAUACAAGUUGCCAUCUCCAUCCCGAUUUACAAAUUCGGCUUAUAAACCUCCUAAUGAAUCUUCCAAUCAACAGAAUUCGCAUCUUAAGGAAGCUCGCCGAUACAUAAAAAACACACAAUCAAAAAGACAAUCAAUGACUACAAAUUCAAUUUAUGAUUAUGAAAAGGGUGGUACACAAAUGGAACGCUGCAAAUCAGUCACUACAGACAGAUCAGAAUCCGUUGAUUUUCAUCUUCUGGAAUUAGCAUUGAAUAAUGAUAGGGAAUCAUAUACUGAACAGACACUAUCCAACUCCCAUGCCUCAUCGACUAGUACCGAUGAUACUGUUGGACACAAUCCAAAAUCUAUUCAAGGAAAAGAAUCGCCGAAAUCCUCCAAUCAAAAUCAAGAUAUCCAAGAUUGGAUCAUUCACACGGACGCCAGUUCAUUGAAAACAUAUAGAUCAACAACUAAUACGAAUAGUACCGAAGAUGUCGAAACAUCUCGUCAGACAUCCAAAUCGAUUUCAUCACAAGAAACUCCACCACCGUUACAAAAUUCACUACCAACCAAUUGUCAUCUAAUUGAGAAAAAUGUCGAAAAUUUUGUUUACAUUUUGGACAGUACUAUCGAAAUAUCCGAUUAUGAUAAAAUUCAAUUACGGGGACUUAUCAAUUCAGGGUUAAUAAUCGACAAUACGAUUGAUAAGUCCUGUAUCGAUUACAUAACCGAUAUCGUUCAAGAACAAAUCAUCAUGAUUUUAUCAAAAACAGCUCUAGAAAAUUUACCACAACACAUCCGUGAUCUAUCACAACUUCACUCAAUAUACAUUGUCGACGAUGGUCCAAAAGAAGCACAUAAUUCUCUAAAACUUCGAGGCAUUCAUACUAAUUUGGGACAAGUAUGCCGUCAACUAGAAAUAGACCUAGUGUCAUUUACAACUAAUCUAACAGCAAUUUCAUCCGUCUUGUCUAAUGAUACGAAUAUUAAUAAAAAUCUUAUUUAUACUCAAAUGUUGAAAGAUUUGAUACUGGAGACGGAUGAUACAACUGAUUUACAGAAGGAUAUGUUAGAUUUCUGCCGUGAACAAUAUGCUGGAAAUGAAAUACAAUUAAAAUUUAUUGAUGAAUUUGAGCAUGAUUUUCGACCACAAGAAGCUGUUAGAUGGUACACACGCCAGAAGACGUUUCUAUUCAAAAUGUUGUUUCGAGCAUUUCGUUUACCUGAUCCGUAUAUUCUCUUUAAACUUCGCUUCUAUAUACAACAUCUUCAACAUCAAAUGAAGUCAAAUCUUUUGUCAAUACCAACAACGAUCUAUCGAGCUCAGUAUGUCUCUCAUAAUCUGUAUGAAACACUAUUAAAAAAUAAUGGUGGUCUCAUGAUCUUCAAUACCUUUCUCUUUGCACAUAAAACUAAAGACACGACAGAACAGCAACAACAAAAAUCGAAGUCAUCAUCUCCAGAAUCCGAUGUUAUCUUCGUUCUAUUUCAAAUGAAGCUGGACGUACAAAUACCUAUGAUUGAACUUCAAAAUAAUACAGAAGAACUACUUCUUCCAGCUGCAACUGUAUUUCGUAUUUCAAGUGUCAAAAAAAGGGAUAGAACCAUUCCGGUCAUAAAACUUUCAGUUAACGCAGAUUUAUUUAUUAUCACAAAAGAAAUAACAAAGAAUAUUUAUGCAACAAUUCAUGAUUCAUUUCUCUUACUUCGAAUCGUCAAAUUAAUGAAACAUGUGAAAGAUAUUCAUAAUAUGGAAUAUGUUUGCGAUAUACUAAGCAAUCAUCCAUUAGUCAUACAAGACCCGAAAGUGAAUUUAACUAUCGGAGGUUUAUAUCAUAUACUUUGCUGUUAUUAUUACGAAGAAAAGCAAUACGAUCGUGCACUUCAACAAUCACAAAAAUCUCUUCAAAUCUACUUACGUGUUUUGCCACCUGAUGAUCUAAAACUAACUCCAGCAUAUAAUAAUAUGGGAAGUAUUUAUCAUAAACAAGGACUGGAUACCGAAGCGCUUGACUUCCAUCGAAAAGCAUAUGAUAUACAAGUUCUAUCGUCAAAUCCUGACUUAGAUUCCAUUGUUGCUUAUGCUGGUAACAUCGCUUCAGUACUUGUGAAGCAAGGUAAAUACGAAGAAGCACUACCUUAUCUUCAACGUGACUUACAAAUUCGUCAACGAUUGUAUCCAAAUGGAAACGAUCUUGAACUUUCCACAAAAUAUCACAAUCUUGCUGGAGCACAAUUUCGACUUAAUCAGUAUUACAAAGCAUUAGAAAAUUAUCAGAAAUGUCUGGAAAUUGAGUUGAAAUUACAUCCGUCGAACCACGCAACCGUUGCUGUAACAUAUUACAGUAUGGCUACUGUACUUGAACGUUUACAACGAUUGCCUGAAGCAAUCGAAGGAACGGACGAAGCCAUUCAACGUUUACUGUUAACACGAGAUGAAAACGAUACGGAUGUUCGAUUUUAUAGAGAUUAUAAAAAACACUUACAAGAGAAAGUUCAAAUAUAA